AUGGUCGUCAAAAGCAAGGGGAACUUCCAACGUGCUCUUUCCUCUGGUUUUUCAGCUAAACCCAUCUUCUUGUCCUCCUCUUUAUACCCGUUUUCUUUCGUUUUUUCUUUUCUCACCAACUUUCCCAGAAAUUUUUUCUGUUCAUAGCUCAGAGCCACAUCCUGUUUUCCGAGAAAGAUUUCAUGGGCAAAACGGGGUUGUUUGAUCUUGAGAGGCAUUUUGCCUUCUAUGGGGCAUACCACAGCAACUCAAUCAAUGUUCUGAUACACACCUUCUUCGUGUGGCCAAUCUUUUUCACCGCCCUGGUUCUUUUGUACUUUACGCCUGCUCUCUACACUCCCUCACCUCAGAUUGGGCUUUUCCAAUCUGGAUUCCUGGUUUUUAAUUUUGGGUUCUUGUUGACUCUGAUAUAUGCCUUGUUCUAUGUGGCUUUUGAUAAGAAAGCUGGGGCUUUGGCUGCUUUGCUGUGUUUUGUCUGUUGGGUUGGAGCUAGUUUCCUUGCUAGUCGGCUUGGGUUUUCUCUGGCGUGGAAGGUUGUACUAGCAGCUCAGUUGUUAUGUUGGACUGGACAGUUCAUUGGCCAUGGAGUGUUUGAGAAACGAGCACCAGCUCUUCUGGACAACCUCCUUCAAGCCUUCCUAAUGGCUCCUUUCUUUGUAUUGCUUGAGGUUCUUCAGACAUUUUGUGGAUAUGAACCGUAUUCAGGGUUCCAUGCGAGUGUGAAAGCAAAGAUAGAUGCAGAUAGAAAAGAAUGGCAGAGCAAGAAACAAAAGAAAAAUUCCUAAGCCUGAACAUUUCAUGUUUGGGCGAUGAGAAAUGCUAUACACAUUCCCACUCUCACACUCUCAAAUGCAAACCCCCUAACGUGGCAUUUAAAAUUACCAUUGGAUUCAAAAUUCAAUAAUAAUCAAUUCAAAAUCUAAUGAUGAUUUUUAGUGCUAUAUCAAAGAGUAUGCAUUUGAGAGUAUAAAAGUGGGAUUGUAUAGCAUUUCUUUUGGGCUGACAGCUACUUUGCCUAGUCCUUUGUAAAGGACCAUAGAAUUGGUUUGUACCGUAAUGUAAUUGAACUAUUGUAACAAAUAUUCAGCUUUUUAUAAAUAACUUUCCGCACACUUCUUAAUAGA